AUGGCUGACUCCAAAUUACAUCGGGCGCCUCCUUUCCGGGCAGAGCACAUGGGAUCACUCCUUCGCCCUCAAAAACUCCUCGAUGUCCGGGCCGCCAUCCGAGACAAAAACAUCUCCCCAGAGGAAGCAGGCCUUCCUGCGGUCGAAAAGGAGUCCGUUGGUCAGAUCGUCAAGACGCAACUCUCGUUAGGCUUCAAAGCCGUCACGUCGGGAGAAUACAACCGUACUCGCUUUUGGGGAUUGUUUUGGGACGAAUUGGAGGGCACUAAACGCCUGCAGGAUGCGGAAGCGAGUAUGUUUCGCCUGUAUCAUCCCGAUGUGGUGUCUUUGAUCGAAAAGGACCGAAAGGUCAUGCCUGGGGACAGUGUGAUUGCUGGUGCCAAGAUCAAACAUGCGGGCACACAGUCGAAUCUCCACGAGCUACGCUUAGUCCAGGCCGUUGUUCCAAAGGAGGACUGGGGUAAUAUCAAGCUCACUAUGAUUACGCCCUCCUGGUUCCACAUGAGGUACAAACAAGGCCGAGCAUAUACGCCUGAAGCAUACGCGAACGAUGCCGAGUACUUUACGGAUGUCGCCAGAGCGUAUUCGAGAGAACUCGAGGUUCUCUACGAAGCCGGUCUGAGGAAUGUGCAAUUUGACGACCCGAAUCUGGCAUAUUUCUGCUCUAAACAAUUCAGAGACGGCUGGGCUCAAGACCCCGACAAUAUUGGCUCUGUCGACGACCUUCUUGACGCCUACAUCAACCUCUACAAUGACUCGAUAUCCAAAUGCCCUCCUGACAUGCACACGGGUGUUCAUUUGUGCCGAGGGAACUUCAUCGGUGGGCGACAUUUUGCAGAGGGAGCAUACGACAUCAUCGCUAGCAAAUUGUUUCAAAACCUCAAUGUCAACACCUUCUACUUGGAAUAUGACACUGAACGUGCUGGCGGAUUCGAACCCUUGCGGUACUUGCCGAAGAACAAGAACGUGAUCAUCGGCUGCAUCAGUACGAAGUUGAGGCAAUUAGAAGACAAAGAGGAAAUGAAGCAGCGGAUCUACAAGGCGGCAGACUUUGUCGCCGAGGGGUCGAAUCAGUCAAGGGAAGAGGCACUCAAGAGAAUUGGAGUGUCUCCGCAAUGCGGGUUCAGCACCCAUGAGAGCGGCUAUCCGCUGAGCCAGGAUGACCAAGAGAAGAAGCUGAAGUUGAUCAGGCAGAUUGCAGAUGAGAUUUGGGGCGAGCCCUGA